CAUAACACCCACUCUUUCACGCAUCACACACACACUUUCACACUCACACUUCAACUCAUGCUCACACACUCUCUAUCACAUGCUCACACUUAAACGCUUACUUACACGGUCUCCGGGUCUUCACAACACGACGUAUGAACGAUGGACUAUGUACGCCCAUCUCUUGCUGUGACAAUGGGGCUGAUACUGACGUUGGAUACUUACAAAGUAACAAACUGUCUACAUUCAGUAAAUCAGUGUUUCCACGGAUCGUGUUUACCUGCAAACUCAACCAUGGCGGAGACCAACUGCAGACAGCAAAGUGGAGCUAUUUUCACCUUUGAUGACUUGAAGAUGUCCUAUGGUCUUGCGGUUUUGGAGUCGGCAAUUCUUGACGUCGGAGCGGUAUGGAUUGACAACACAGGCGAUGCCUGUCGAAAUAACACAGCUGGAAACAAGUCGCACAUUUGUUGCGUGGUUAUUAAUUCGAAUGGCACGAACGUAUUCCAGCCCGCCAAUUGUACAGACCUGUAUCAUUAUGUUUGCAAUAUGAACAGUACUGCCCAGGAAGAGCCUGAGCGAAAUGGAACACAACAUCUCUACGUCCCUUGCUUGAACGAGACGUCUUCAACGAGAAUUGCUGUCAUCAUUGUGUGCACCUCUCUCACUAUAACGAUGGCCGUGGCUGGUAUUACAGUCUGGUGCUAUUGCAGACUGAAUAAGCCACCGAAGAGGUACGCUGUGAGAGUGGAGAGUGCGAUAUAUCACCGACAACAUCCUGAUCCACACAACAAGGAAGAGUGCAGAGUUGCUGAUACAUCAGCUGCAGAUAAUCUCACCCCGGAAUCUGAUGACAUCAUUCAAGAACACACUAAAGGAGCAAAGGGUGAUGACUAUGACACCUUGUGCAGAACAGGGAGUACAGAAAGCAACGUGUUGAAUCAUAGGUCAGACGUCACCCCUGUGUACGGUCAUUUGUGUGGACAAAAUAACCUGCAUGGCUGGACCACCGAAAACCAUUAUGACACCACCAGUGUGCCUUUGUAUGACAGGAGGACUGUUGAUAAGAUAUAUGAUAGAACACAUGCAUCUGACAGAUAGUAAUAAAACAGAUAUAAGCUAUAAUUUUUUAUGACGCUUUAAAGUUUGAAUUCUUGUACUAUUGAAAAUGACUUUAUGAUUUGGAUUGAACGCCUGAUUGAACACUUUGUCCGUUGUAGAACUUCAGUUUAAUUUUGUGAGUAGGCCCACCUCUGAAAACAAGGGACACGGACCUGGUUGGCAACCCAGGGAUCACAUACUGGGCGAUCAGGGAUUCGAACCUACGAUCAGAGAACGCAACUAUACCACAGUCAACUUGGCCAUCUCCGCCUCUGUUAAAUGUUACAAUAUGUAUCAUACAGACUUUCUAACAUAUGCCAUAUUGCUAUGUAUGACAUCGUCCACAAAUACCUUGGACUUGGAUAAGCCCACGAUAUGUUUCCUGGCCAGCUAUAUAGUUACUUUGUGUGUUUGCUUAUCUAUUUCAUUUUGACUUCCUUAUUGUCUAAAUGCUUUUU